ACAGGUUGCUGUGGGUCUUGUUGGGACCCCAGGGCUCCUGCAGCCCAUGCUCAUGAGCCAGGCUACAAUAUUGUUUUGUGACCAAUGAACACCCUGUGUGCGUAUCCUGAGCUAACCCUCCUAUCCUUGCCCUUUUUGCUGAAAGGAAUUAUUGCUAAUGCGUUUAUUUAAUUCAGGACUCCCAGCAAGACUUCUAAAGCAAAAGCAGUCAGCAUGAGGCACCUAGCAUAUUGGGUCUGCAAAGCCAGUGUUAAAUAAUAAUAGUUACCCCACUGUGUUACCCAGCUGCACUGUCUUGUCUGCCAAAUCCCCUCUAGGAGGCCCAGGUCUCCAGGGAGGAGGCCCCUAUCAGGCCAGUGGUGUCUGGCACUGAUGUGCAGGCUCUUGGGUGGCCCAGCAUGGUGACAGGACCAGACCCCAUAACGGCCCCAGGGCCCAAUCUAAAUCAAGCACACUCUGUGGAAACUAGGUCAUUGCAGCCCUUUCAAAUGGCUGCUCCACUCCAAGAACAAUCAGCGCUUGGGUGGACAAACAGGAAGCCUGUCAGGCUCAUCAAUGAGGCUCUCAGAUCUCUGCUGGCCACCGUGUGGGUGCCUGCGGCCUGCGCAAGCCCAGCUCAUAAGACGUUCUUCUUUCCCCCUGCGUUGGACAGACUUUCUUCAUUACUCACACUUCGUCCCCAGUGCAACUCUCCAGGGGAAGAAGAUUCUGGAAUCUUCUCCAUCCCCAAACAGAUGGGGAAACACGACCUGCAACAAAACUGCUAGUUCAGAAGAUGCUAGGGUUGAGCGUGUUGGAAAAAGACCAUAAAUGGUGUGUGAAGAUGGACCCCUCCUUGUGACAAGCUGUCUGCCUCCUGGGUGACACCGAGUGCUACAUGCAGGUAAGAAGUGGACGAGACAGCGCCUCCCCUCUCCAUGGAACUUUCGGGGGAGACCGGCAAUGCACACGUACAUCCCGCAAGCGUUUCGGGGGAUCGGCGAGAUCAAGAGCGCGAAUGAUGACCAGCUGCAGGCAAGACCUACCCGGCUCCGGCAUCCGGUGGCCGGGUUCAAUGCUUGUUGCUAGGGACGCACUCCCAUCGUUACCAGGGCCUGUAGGGGCUUGAGGAGUCUCGCGAGGAUCUGCGAUACUUCGCGCGGGGCCGCACAGCGGUUGCUGGGAGACGGCGCAGCCUCAGCGCGGAGGGCGCUUUCGUUGGCUCGUCGCGGCGGGGCCGGGCGUUUGGAGCCAUGGCACCCAAAAAGAAAGGCAAGAAAGGGAAAGGCAAAGGUACCCCGAUUGUGGAUGGGCUCCCCCCGGUGGACAUGAGCAAGGAGCAGGUGGAGGAGCAUGUCAGCCACAUCCGGGAGGAGCUGGACCGUGAGCGGGAGGAGCGCAACUACUUCCAGCUGGAACGGGACAAGAUCCACACCUUCUGGGAGAUCACCCGGAGGCAGCUGGAGGAGAAGAAGGCCGAGCUGCGGAACAAAGACCGGGAGAUGGAGGAGGCGGAGGAGAGGCACCAGGUGGAGAUCAAGGUCUAUAAGCAGAAGGUGAAGCACCUCCUGUAUGAGCAUCAGAACAACCUCACAGAGAUGAAGGCUGAGGGCACAGUGGCCAUGAAGCUGGCCCAGAAGGAGCACCAGGCGCAGGAGGGCACUCUGCGCCGGGACACUCGGGCGCUAAAGGUGGAGCUGAAGGAGCAGGAGCUGGCCAAUGAGGCAGCAGUGAAGAACCUACGACUGAAACACACUGAGGAUAUCACCAAGAUGCGGAAUGACUUUGAGAGGCAAGUGAGAGAAAUUGAGGCCAAGUAUGAUAAGAAGAUGAAGAUGCUUAGGGAUGAGCUUGACCUGCGGAGAAAGACCGAGAUCCAUGAAGUGGAGGAGAGGAAGAACAGCCAGAUCAGCGUGCUGAUGCAGCGGCACGAGGAGGCCUUCACGGACAUCAAGAACUACUAUAAUGACAUCACCCUCAACAACCUGGCCCUCAUCAGCUCCCUCAAGGAGCAGAUGGAGGACAUGCGGAAGAAGGAAGACCGCCUGGAGAAGGAUGCGAUGGAGCUAUCUACGCAGAACCGGCGCCUGGCAGACCCUCUGCAGAAGGCCCGGGACGAGAUGAAUGAGAUGCAGAAGCAGCUUGGGAACCACAAGAGGGACAAGCAGAUCCUGGCUUGUACAAAAGCACGUUUGAAAGUCACCGAAAAAGAGCUCAAGGCCCUGCAGUGGGAACACGAGGUGCUGGAGCAGCGGUUCAUCCAGGUGCAGCAGGAGCGGGACGAGCUCUACCGGAAGUUCAGCUCAGCCAUCCUCGAGGUGCAGCAGAAGGCGGGCUUCCGGAGCCUGGUCCUGGAGCGCAAGCUGCAGGCGCUGAGCGCCGCUGUGGAAAAGAAGGAAGCACAGCUCAGUGAGGUGCUGGCGGCCUCCAAUCUGGACCCCGCCGCCCUGACCCUCGUGUCCCGCAAGCUGGAGGAUGUUCUGGAAUCAAAGAACAGGGCCAUCAGAGACUUACAGUACGAGCUGGCCCGUGUCUGCAAGGCCCACAGUGACCUUCUGCGCACCUAUGAGGCGAAGCUCCUGGCCUUUGGGAUCCCGCUGGACAACGUGGGCUUCAAGCCCCUGGAGACGGCUGUGAUUGGGCAGACACUGGGCCAGGGCCCUGCAGGACUCGUGGCCACCCCAACCUAGCCUCCGCCCUGGACUUCUGGCUGGGUGGCACCCCCUUUUACACACCCAGGACAGCAGGCAUUCGUUUCUUAGGUUUGUCUGGUCUGCAAAUGAAGGCUUUUCACGUGU